UCUAAUUAUUUUAAAAAAAUUUUUUUAAAAUAAAUUAUUCAUGGCCCUGUUUUGCUAAACUCUCAAGAAACAACAAUUUUAUUUUUUGCUAGUAGCUUCUCUUGUUGCAAACAAAUUUUAUUCAGGCAGAACACUGACCAAGCUUUUUAGUUAGUUACUUCUAUUGUUAUUUACUUAGGUGAUCUCUACCAGGAAAUCCCUUCUGCUUUUAUGUUUUGAGCUAAUGGUUUCAAUAACCCGGAAAAAUCAAUUAGGAGAAUCAAUUAGGAUAGGAUGUCUCAUAGAUGGCAAGUUAUUGUGAAAUGAUUAUGGUAGUGAACCAUUGAUUUAUUACAAUGAAUAUAUGGCUGGUAAUAAGAUAGAAAAAAAUACUUGUAUAUUAUCAAUGAUUCGAAUGCUGUUAUGUAGCAAGUUAUCCUCAUCUUAAAAUAACAGAAGCAAGAAAAGCAAGAAGAUUUUUAGUAUAUACAUAUUGUUUUAAAGGGAACCCUAGGUAUAAAAUGAUUUUGGACUGUAUUAUAGAGCUUAAAAUGUUGAUUAACAAGUCUUUCAAAUUUUUUUAAAUAAAUGUGCAACAAAGAUUAACCUUAAUGUCCUUAUCGCACACCUUUUUUAAAAUGGCGAAUAAAUUGUUGCACGAUGGGUGGAAAAUAAUCACACCAAAUAUCUUUUCAGUUAUCUCAAAAUGCUAAUAAUUACGCGAGCAAUAGAAUGCUUGGGUAACAAGCAUUUACGCGAGCACUACGCUGGCGUGAGCAAUUGCUCCCGACUCAUGGCAAGGCCUGUAUAAAGUUGAAUUGAUUAACAUAAAAUUUAUUGGCUAAAAACACUCGUUUGCUCGUCCCAGACCUGACCCAAUAAGGAAAAAUUUUGGUGUCAUUAUGUAUGCAUAUUUUGUACCAGAUCACAGCAAGUUAUGUUAACCCUAUGAAAAAGCAUUGAAUUGAAUUGGAUUAGUGGUACUUUUUACGUAAAACCAAAAUUAAAUACAUCUCUGACUAUUAGGAUGCACUCAAAAAAUACAACUUUACUCAGUUCUCAAAGACACCAUUAACAGUACAGAAUUAUUUCUAUCAAAAGAAAUUUAUAGCUUGGUUCCAAACCUAUAUCUACUUUAUAUACUUCAAAAAUAAAUGAAUCUACUUUGCCUCUUACAGACAGACACAAAGUUACUGUAUUUUUAAGACAUGUCAGUGUUAGAGGCAGAGCCUGCGGCCAUAUAGUUUAGUGGUUAUAGCUCUUGCAAUUUGUGUGGGAGACUGGAGUUUGAUUCCCCUUGGCGGCAAUUUAAUAUGGGCGAUUGAAUGUUACCUUUGGGAAAUUAGGGAGAUGGCACACUGUGUGGCUGUUUGAUGUUCAGGGAUUUGUCUAGUAGAGCCUAGGCCGUAAUUGGGCCUGUGUAGCUCAAAAUGAGCAUUAAAUACUCUAGGACUCCCUAUCUAAGUCAUGGCCCCUUCAGGAAAAAAUAAACAGGGGAUAUCCCUCGAUAUUUGUGAGGCUAGCCAUGUAAAAUAUGCACAUCUAUCUAUCUAUCUAUCUAUCUAUCUAUCUAUCUAUCUAUCUAUCUAUCUAUCUAUCUAUCUAUCUAUCUAUCUAUCUAUCUAUCUAUCUAUCUAUCUAUCUAUCUAUCUAUCUAUCUAUCUAUCUAUCUAUCUAUCUAUCUAUCUAUCUAUUAUCUAUUUAUCUAUCUAUCUAUCUAUCUAUCUAUCUAUCUAUCUAUCUAUCUAUCUAUCUAUCUAUCUAUCUAUCUAUCUAUCUAUCUAUCUAUCUAUCUAUCUAUCUAUCUAUCUAUCUAUCUAUCUAUCUAUCUAUCUAUCUAUCUAUCUAUCUAUCUAUCUAUCUAUCUAUCUAUCUAUCUAUCUAUUUAUCUAUCUAUUUAUCUAUCUAUCUAUUUAUCUAUCAUCUAUCUAUCUAUAUUAUUUUGAUGUUGUUUUCUUAGCAAAAAAAAAAAAUUAUGAGCUUGAAUGUAGCUAAUAGUGAUGUUCAACUGAUGGAAACGUACCAACAUAGGAUUGCUCAAAUCCAAAAUGUCUCAGAUGUUAUUGCUGUUGCAAAUCUACAAUUGAACAAAGCAUUACAGAAAUUCGGUUGGUCAAGACAAAAGUUCCUAAAAGAUAACUGCUUAUUAACUUGCAAUAUAGACAAGCACCACGAAGUUAAACGUGAGAAUUUGUCAAAGCAUCUUAAAAUUUGCAAUGCUCGAAAGCAAGGCAUGAAAGAUAUCCAAGAAAAGGAUUUUGUUGCAUCUCCAUCAUCCUGUUAUCCACCUGAUAGUUCAGUUGUUCCUGUAUUUGUUAGUGAGACACAGUUUUCACACAUAGGUGUUCAUAAAAGCUUAUCUUCAGGAGAAUGUAAUGAUGCAACAGGCAUCAAGUUGCACUCUUUAAGGGAGAAUAAUGAGGAUAUAAACCAAUACAAGCCAUGUGAUUCACUUGACGAAUUAAGGUUUAUCUACUCGUGGAGACUGGUUCCAACACAGUAUUAUAUAUUGGAUGCACAUGAAUUACCUAUAAAUACAUUGAAAGACUGGCUAGUGGAGAACAUUACCAAGCUGCCUGCCCCUGCUCCUCAGUAUGCAGUUGAAGUUGCAAACUCAGUUGUGAUGUGGAUGAAUACGUUGCAAAAUGUUGACGAUAUUGUGAAUCGCUUAAAAGGAAUAUUUGGCGCAGAAGCCAGUACAUUGGUGUUAAAUUUAUGGAAGUUCAUUGCAGCUAAAAAAUUGUGCACAAAGCAAAAUAUUCCAGAGCAAACACGACACGAGUUUGAUUUCUAUGCAUCAGCACUCAUUGCUGGCAACAAAAAAACUGAAACAUCUAAAGACUCGAGUGACCAAAAGCGUGCACAAAUAGACAGCGUGGAAUACCCUUUUCUUCCCAUGGAUUGGGUAUCUUACAAUCUGUCGAGAGAGCAAAAAUUAAAAAUUUACGAAGAAGUACACCAGACUGGCAAAUUGUUGGCCACGCCUGUUGUCGAGUUUAACGAGCUAGCAGCAGAAGCAGAGGAGCAAAUGAAAGUUCUCGCGUCAUUAAAUUCCAGUAAAAAGGGCGAGAAGACACAUCUAGAAGUGAUGGCCGAACUAAGAGACUACAAAAGAAGAAGACAGUCUUAUCGCGGUAAAAAUAAAAUGAACCGAAAAAUGACUGGACUUGAGGUUCUAAAAGAAGUCGUUGAUCAGCAAAUGUUAUACCUCCAGAUACUUCAAGGAAAGAAUGUUACAGAAAAAUUGAGCGAAGAUAUCAGUGAGAAAGAUGUAACGUUAAAUAAUGAUGUACCAGAUGAUUCACAAGGCACAGAAUCUCCGAAGAGUAAAGAAAAAAACGAUGAAUCCGAAAGCAGAUCCCGUCGUCGCAGUUUAAAAGAUCGCGAUCGGUGGAGAAGUCGUAGUCGUGAUCGUAAAGGGAGCGAGGCUUAUAGAAGUCGUCACGACAGUAAAAAUCGAACUCGUCAUAGAAGCCGUAGUAGAAGUAGAGAUCGGCGUCGUAGUAAAGAGCGGCAUCGUAAGGAUCGACGUGACGGAUUAAAAGAUAAACAACGCCCUCAACCAAAAAACGUCGUUAGUAACAUAACGUAUUAUUGACGAAAAAAAAUUAUUUGUAUAUUUAUUUUCGGGAAAAUAUAUUCCGCAUGUGUGCA